GCCGCUCUCAUAUUUUUCCGUUCCGGACGCAUCGCCAAGCAAUUAAUCCGGGCCUUCCUCCGGGAAAAGAAACAAACAGAUGUAAACUUCCGAUAUAACUAUUACCAGGCCGUUAGCCCAUCCACUGCGCCUGUCGCCCAAUUGAUUCCUAGAUACGUACCAAAAACAUGACGGACUCCAAAGAAACCGGCUCCGUAGUACCCCGAUCAACCAAGCCGCUCAGCGAAGCGCUAUUGAACGAUAAGUGGGACCGCGCCAUAUCCUCCAUGAUCAUCCGCUCCUCCCUCGGUCUCUCAUUCGGUGUCAUUUUCUCAGUCCUCUUAUUCAAGCGGAGAGCCUGGCCAGCGUGGGUUGGUCUAGGAUUCGGUGCGGGACGGGCUUGGGAGGAAGCAGAUGCAUCAUUCCGACGGGGCGACCAACCCCUCUAUAACACAAAUGCCUUCCGCCAAUCGAGAUCGUAAAGGGUGAAGAAUUGAGGGGGGAGAAGUGUUCCUAGAAGCGGGAAAGACAAAAGUUGCGCCAUGGAACAGACAGAGCCCAAAUGUAUAAAAGAGAGCCGGGCGCGAGGGAAAUGUAAUAAUAUACCUCCACUAAUUUACGUUAAAACUAUACUACCACAACCACUUCAAGUACUCUAAAGGUACUUUCUUUUUACACAUCAGACCACAUCUAUGGUGUGGGCUUUGGAAAUUUCACCAGUGUUUUCUGUCCUUGUCUCGUGUUUGAUUCCUCUCUUGCGUUAUCGACUUUCCCGUCCGCAGCUUAUUACUCUUAAGUUUACCUCUUGUUAGCGGCCCUUUUCUCUUUUGGGCCGACCGAGGUGUUGCAGCUUGCGAGAAUCCGAUGCGAGAGAUAACAAACAUUUGCUGAUUGCUAGAAUUUGCUCGGGAUGUUGUUCGAAUCUGCUGCAUCACAGAGCUUGCUGUCUAUAUAAAAUAGAAUCAAUAAAGCAAGAAUCUCCCUUUUAAUCCCUCCUAUCUUUAAUUGUUACAUUGCUCUCUAACCCUUAACUAGAGUCUUGUAGCCUUUUCAAAAAUUUCGUAGCAAA